AGAAGAGAGCUGAUACGAAGAAGCUUCAAGCCUUUGCGUGCCAACUUGCUUGCUCCGCCGGCCAUGGUGCCUUGCGUGGCGCUGCUCAGCCUGCUCGGAAUCGCAGCUCUGGCAGGUAUUCACUCAGCUCCAGUAGAAAAUGAUGACCAUACUGGAGAAAUGAUAACCCGAUGUAUUAUAGAAGUCCUUUUGAACAGUCUGUCAAAAGGCAACUCUCCGCUUAUUAAUCCACAGUGUAAGGAGCUUCUGAAGAAAAGUGAACAACAAAAACAAAAAGAGAAAAAUGUACAACAAGACAUGGAACUUGGUACAAGAACAUUAUCUGAAUCGGAAGAAUUAACUAAGCAGUCAGAAGGAACUGUGAGGGAAGAACAAGAUGUGAGUCAAGAAGAGUUUAAAAGACAGACAGAAGGAGAUGCCAAGUGGCAUCUGGAAGCGAAAAAAUAUGGGGGAAGCAGCAACCCACAAACUGCCUCCCCAGGGACCUCUUAUGUUUUGGAUAGAGACCAUAAAGAAGAAAAAAAGAACGAGAAUGAAAAAGGAGCUGAGAAAGAUAGAAAUCACCACAAUGGAGACGGAGGCAAAGAAAAAAUGGCCAGUGUAGAAGUAGAGUCUGAGCCUCUAGAGAAAAAGUCCGUUCUUACAUCUGGAAAAGUGAAUGAGGACGAUUACAAGCAUUCUCAUGGCCAAAAGUAUGUGGAAGAAAUAAUUCAGAGUCAAGAAAGGGAAAAUGAAGACAGUGAGGAGGAGGAGGAAGAAGAAAAGGAAGAGGAGGAAGAGGAGGAAAGUAAUGAAAAAUAUCGUCAUAGUUUUCACGAACAAUUUGAAGAUUCUUCAGAGAGGGACGGUGGCGAAACAGAGAAGCAAGACCGCAAAUCAGGACAUUACCGAAGAAAACCAAGAUUGGGUAAGUCCUCUGAAUACAACAAUCAUCAUAUUGGUGAAAAAAGGGGCUCAUCUGAAGAGCCCAGUGAGGAAGAAAGUGAAUUCUGGGCUAAAAGGAGUCAUCAUCCCAAUCAUUAUGAGAGAGGACAUUACUUUGUGGAGCCAAGAAAUGCUAUUGAAAUGCACAGGUCUAAGGAAAUGGAGAGAGAGAGCAGGAAUCAAGGAUAUUGGGAUCAACACUACCCCAGCCAAGAGGACAGUGAUGAAGACAUGAAGCAACAGAGUGAGGAAAAUGAAAGAAAACAGUAUCAGUACAUGAGGAAAAGACUUUUCGGUGGACCAUCAAGGGAGAUCAGACAUCACUACGAACUAAGGGUCCCUUACAGCAAAGCAAGCAAGGAAAAUGGAGGUAUUAAACAAAGCCAUGAUAGCAUAAAUGAGAAACGGUACCGUGACCAACCAAGUGUACAGCUAGAGAUGGCAAAACCACAAAACAAGGAGAGAGAAGAUGGAGAGCAGCGACUCAACAGCCAAGAAGAAAAGCGCUAUCCUAGUAAUGAUGGAGAGCUAGAAACGCCACACUAUAGCGAUAGAGGAAAACACUUUGAGAAUAAAAGGACUCUUUUACUAGAGGAGGGCUAUCCAAGAAGCCACUAUCUUGUAGAAAAUGUAAAAAGAGCUUUAAAAUCAUUUUAUUCCCAACAGCCCAGGUGGAAAAACAGAUCUGUGGACAAGAACGCUGACAUCAUUAAUCCACUGUUGGAGAGUGAAGAAGAACACAAGUCCCACUUGAAUAAGAGGGAAUUCUUUCCUGAAUAUAAUGAUUAUGACUUGUGGGAGAAGAAACAGAUCCUGGAUAGCUUAAACCCCAAACAGGACAACAGUAACAAUCCUGAGAGGCUAUACAAACCUGAGAUAAAAAGGCAGUAUGAUAGAAUGGAUGAGCUGGCCCAUCUUCUGAGCUACCGGAAGAAAUCUGCAGAAUUUCCAGAACUGUACAACUCAAAAGAAGACAUUGAAAGGGGACAUGUAAUAAGAAGUGGCAAGGAAAAAUUUAAUCAGAGGCCUCUGACACCAGAAGAGGAGAAAGAACUGGAAAACCUGGCUGCUAUGGAUUUGGAACUGCAGAAGAUAGCUGAAAAAUUCAACAAUAACCAGAGAGGAUGAAUUUUAUUUGACGUAAUGUGGUAUGAUGAAGAGUAGCUUUAUUUAAAGUAUCCCGUAUUUGCUAGUAAAGUCACUGCCUCAAAUGUUGUUCUCCCUAAUUAGAAAUAGUUUACCAUCCUUUAAAUAUAUAAUUUACACCAGUUCAAAGCAUCUUUCUGUUCCAAAAGAUUUGUUCAGAUCAGCAUGAAUUCUUGCCUUCUGAAUUUUGAAAUGUAUGAGAAUAAUUGUGUGUGCAUUCUUCAGAAAUAUAUUAUCUUGGUAAAAAAAUAAUAAACUUUACAUUGUUACAUACCGUAGUUAACUGCAUGUGCUCCAGCAUAGCUUGUUUAUGAUUUACAUAGUUAGAUUUGUCAGAGAAGACACAGUAACAUGCUUAUAAGUCUAUAUGGAAACUAGUUUUUUUGUUCCUUAUAAAUUAGUUGUAUAUUCUGUAGUACCAUAAAAUCUACUUUGGGAGUCUGACAGCACCAAAAUAGAUGCACCAUCUAGUCCUAUAUUGUUACGAGAUAAACUGAACACUCACAGCUUAUGAAAAAAGGACACUGGCUGCAGCCCGCUCACAAAAGCAUUGAAUGUGCUUCUUAAACUACCCACAAAGUUUCUAUGGAACUGUAUUUUUAAAGUCAUUGAUACAUAAGUGGUUACCUACAUAAUUGCUGCCUUAAUUAUAAAUAUAAUAAAGGCAGGAUUAAAAGAAACUAAAAUAAACAUUCACAGCAUUUACAGUAAUUAAUUUUAAUGUAAUAUGUAUUUAUUUUUUAUUGUACACUCAUCAACUUUAUUUUGGGCUCACUCACUUUUGGCGAUAUCGUUCUCACCACACUACUCAAGCAAAACAAAAAUUAGAGAUUACCCCCGCUUUAAAACAAAACGGAAUCUUAACCAUCUGGUAGUAUCAGAAUACCUGAAGGAAUUACGGUAGUGAGGUAUUCAACAGGUCAAUUACUGCGUUUCAUCAUAUUCUGAUGCUGAUGAAGAACUUCAAGAAACUUCCCAGUUCUUAUUUUAUAGCUGUUAAUUCUAGUAGCACUUAAGCAGAUUGUUUUUAUUCAUCUUGAUAACAGGCCCGGAAAAUGCUGAUUCCUUUAUAUGAAAGCGAGCAGGCUUUGUUUAUUCUCCAAAAGCACCAGCAGUAUCAAUGAUUUUUAUUAGAAACAAAAAAAUCUCUAUUUCACUGAUUGCAAUUUAAGAUUUCAGCACUUAAGGCCUGCUAGCCAAAGGCACUCUGGCCUCAAAAUACCAAACCAGUCACACAAAUAUCAAACGUAUUAAACAUUUAAUUAAAAAGUUAAAUGAAUAUAAAACACGGGAAGUACAA